CUGGGAAAAGAGUCCAGCAGAUCUAGAACUCCAACCAUCCUCCAAUCCAAUCUCACCUUUUUUAAGCAUUCAGUCCAAAUCGUCAAACCCCCCCAACCCACUUAAUUCAACCAAACAAUUUCAACAGAUCUCUCUCUUUCGUUCUCUCUCUCUCUCUCUCUCUCUCUCUAGAUUCGAUGAGAUGGGCAAGGCCUCUGUACUCAUCUACAUCGCAGUGGCUGUGCUCCUCCUCCUCCUCGUCUCCCAUUCUCCCAAGAAACCCUCCCACCACCGCUACCGCCGCCUCAAGCUCCGUUCCAACUUCUCCCCCGACAAGCACUCCAGUCACCACCACCACGAGCCCGUCCCAUUCGACCCCUUAGUCGCGGACAUCGAGCGCAAGAGAGAGGACAAGCAAUGGGAGAAGAAGAUGUACUUUGAGCAAGCCCACAAGGAGUUGGAAGAAGCCCCUGCCGCCGAAUCUCAGCCCGAGUGGGAGGACUUCAUGAACGCCGAGGAUUACUUGAACGAUGAGGACAAGUUCAAUGUCACUGGUCGCUUGGUCUUGCUUUUCCCCAAAAUCGAUGUCGACCCGGCUGAUGGGUAUGCCACUGAGAACGAGCUCACGGACUGGAUUUUGAAGAAUUCGGAGAGGGAAGUCAUGCACCGGACCCAGAGGGAGAUGGAGCUUCAUGACAAGAAUCGUGACGGCUUUGUUUCCUUCUCCGAGUACGAGCCCCCCAGUUGGGUUCGCAAUGCAGAUAAUACUUCAUUUGGGUAUGAAAUGGGUUGGUGGAAAGAGGAACAUUUCAAUGCAUCAGAUGCAGAUGGUGAUGGUCUCCUGAAUAUAACAGAGUUCAAUGACUUUCAGCAUCCGGCUGACAGUAAGAACCCAAAGCUACUUCAAUGGUUGUGCCAGGAGGAGAUAAGGGAAAGAGAUUCUGACAAAGCAGCGAAAGUUAGUUUCAAGGAAUUUUUUCAUGGGCUGUUUGACUUUGUAAGAAACUAUGAUGAAGAGAGUCACAAUCCUUCGCAUGAGUCUGAUGAUUCAACGGAGGCCCCAGCUCGAAAGUUGUUUGCUGAGCUUGACAAAGAUGGUGAUGGAUACUUGUCAGAUGUUGAGCUGCUACCAGUCAUUGGUAAACUUCAUCCAUCAGAACGUUACUACGCAAAGCAACAGGCAGAUUACAUCAUCUCACAGGCGGAUGCAGAUAAAGAUGGUCGUCUAACCUUGAGAGAGAUGAUUGAUAGUCCAUAUGUAUUUUAUAGUGCUAUAUUCAAUGAAGACGACGAAAGCGACUAUGAGUACCAUGAUGAGUUCCGUUAGUUUCAAGUUAGAUUUGCAGGAUACUAGGAAGCACAAUAAAUGAAAAUCUUUCCAAAACACUUGUAUGGUAUGUAAAAUUAUUAGAUUGCGAAACGUGGCAAUACUUGAGAUUUCAGUUUGCACUUUUUUCUUUGCCCAAACUUUUAAAACAAUUCAUAUUCGAGUUUCGAAAACUGUCUCUAAAAUUACGGUUAUAAUAACUAUAUGGUAGGAGUCGUCCCUGUGUCCAGUACCGUGGAAGUUUUGAUAGACUGGUAAUUGUUUUUUUUGUUUUUGUUUUUUCCAUUCUUUUAUUUGAACACGCAGAUUUUGUACAGACUAAAUGGCUGUUGCUCUGUAUCUUAAUUUGGCUCACUUUGACAGGGUGAAACUACAGAGAUCCAUUAUCUGUGCUAUUAUGUUUUAUAUAAAAUGCGCUAGAUUAUCCGUUGUGCCACA